CGAAGCGCAACACGAGAUCUCCGAAGCGUCUUAGGAGAUUAAGGCGGCCCAGCUGCAACUGCGUGGGGUCUCAAAGAACAACGCCUUCGAGGCGACCCUGAAGGCGAUGCUCAAGGCGGCGCGGAAGAAGCGCAGCAUCGCGAGGUGGAGAGCACUGGAAACGUUCUUCGAGGGCUAUGUACGGCAGCUCGAGAAGAAGAGCCGCGAGGGGGAUCAGGCGGGUUUCUACAGGCACCUGAAGAUGAUCGACGUCGAAGGUAAGAGGUCGUUCACCUCUCAGAACAUCAAGGACGAGGACGGUAAUAUCCUUCGGUACCCCACGUUUAUUCGCCAACGAUGGGCACGGUGGUUCCACAAGCUUCUCAACACCAAGUCGCCGACCAUCGACCUGCAUGCGGCUGACAAGGUCAAGCGGUGGCCCACGUGCGUGCCACUCGACGACAUCCCAUCUCUACUUGAGGUUGAGGAAGCGGUACGGGAAAUAGCCAACAGAAAGGCCGUCGGGCCGGACGACCUACCGGCUGAGCUGAUCAAGCUUUUCCUGGACGGAGAUCAAGGUCUCCUCCGCGAAUUCCACACCAUUGUCGAUGCCACCCUCAACGUGCUGUUCAAGAAGGGGGACACGAUGGAGUGCGGCAACUACCGGGGCAUCUCUCUCGUCGCACACGCCGGCAAGGUGCUGCUUAAGGUCGUCGCUACACGACUGAGCCACUACUGCGAGCGAGAGGGCAUCCUCCCGGAGGAGCAGAGCGGUUUCCGCCCACACCGGUCGACGCUCGACAUGCUGUUCGCCAUCCAGCGGCUCCAUGAGCUCGCGAGGAAGAAGAGUACUGCGGUGUUCGCGUGCUUCGUCGACCUCACCAAGGCAUACGAUUCGGUGGACCGAGACCUACUGUGGGACGUGCUCCGACGCUUCGGCGUGCCCCCGAAGAUGCUGGCGGUCAUUCGCCACUUCCACGAGGGCAUGAGGGCGCGCGUCCGAACGGACGACGGGCAGUACUCGGAAUGGUUUGACGUGGGCCAAGGCCUCCGACAGGGAUGCAACCUGGCCCCGCUGCUGUUCAACUUGUUCUUUGCCCCGAUGCUCAUGGCCGCCGUGGCCGAGCUCGACAAGGACCCCAAGGUGACGGCGGACAUGGUCAAGAUCGGGACACAAGUGGAGUACACGGGCAAGAAGGGCAGGUCGGCGGGGAAGAAGACGACGGUGGUGACGGACGCGGAGGCCCUGUGGGCCAUGCUCUACGCUGACGACGCGGCCAUCGUCUCGCGCUCGCCGGAGAGUCUCGAGAAGAUGAUGUCGGUCAUCGUGCGCGUGGCCGGCCUGUUCGGACUGAUGGUAUCGGAGCCAAAGACGGAGAUCAUGUGCAUGCUGCCAAAAGGGAUCGAGGAACGCCCGUCCACGGUCAGCGCCGCCGGCCAGACGUACAAGCAGACAGAUCGGUUUGUGUACCUCGGACGUACCAUCUCCGCGGACGGGAAGGCCGACCGGGAGAUCACGAGCCGCAGCUGCCGAGCGUGGAAGUGCUACCGCCGGAACAGUGUGCUUCGAUGUAGGACAGGCGACGGGCCAACCCCCAGCUCAAGAUCCGGCUACUCCAGGCUGAAGUGGUGGAGACUCUCCUG